AUGUCGUACUUCUUCUCAACCCCCGUCGAUAUUGACAUCGUGCUAGAGGACGCUGAUGAGCGGUCCAUGGUCGAUGUGAAGCUCGAUAAGAAUAGGCGCGAGAAAGCGCCGCUUUACAUGGAUGGCGAGUCCGUCAAGGGCGCCGUGACUAUUAGACCCAAGGAUGGCAAGCGUCUAGAGCAUACAGGCAUCAAGGUCCAAUUCAUUGGCACAAUAGAGAUGUUCUUCGACCGUGGAAACCAUUACGAAUUUCUCUCCCUCGUGCAGGAACUCGCAGCGCCGGGUGAGCUGCAACACCCGCAGACUUUCGACUUCAAUUUCAAAAACGUCGAGAAGCAGUACGAGUCUUACAAUGGAAUCAAUGUCAAGCUUCGCUACUUCGUCCGUGUCACCGUCUCGCGCCGCAUGGCCGACGUCAUCCGCGAGAAGGACAUCUGGGUCUACUCGUACCGCAUACCUCCCGAGAUGAACUCUUCCAUUAAGAUGGAUGUCGGUAUUGAAGACUGCCUGCACAUUGAGUUUGAGUACUCCAAGAGCAAGUACCACCUUAAGGACGUUAUCGUCGGUCGCAUAUACUUUUUGCUCGUCCGUCUAAAGAUCAAACACAUGGAACUAUCCAUCAUCCGGAGGGAGACGACGGGCGCCGCACCGAACCAAUACAACGAAAGCGAGACGUUGGUGCGCUUCGAGAUUAUGGAUGGUUCCCCUUCCAGAGGAGAGACCAUUCCCAUCCGGCUCUUCCUGGGCGGCUUCGACCUGACCCCUACCUUCCGGGAUGUUAACAAGAAGUUCUCUACAAGGUACUACCUUAGUUUGGUACUCAUUGACGAAGAUGCCCGGAGAUAUUUCAAGCAGUCAGAGAUCAUCCUGUACCGCCAAGCACCUGAUGCCGCUCAGAGCCCGAACAUGAUCAUGGCGGCUGCCCCCGAAAACCCCAAGCUGAUGCAGCAACCAACCCAGGUGUAG